UAAACUGCAGUCUUCAGGGAUUGCCUAGAAACCCACGUUCAACAGAAGGAGGGCAAGAGACACUUCCUAGACGCUCAUGACUGAAUCACUCCGAACCAGCUGAGAUUUACACAUCGGCCAGACCCACAGAGGAGCAGCGAGUGCGACUAUGUCCACUGUAACAGCUCAGCCUCUGCCAUUUGUCCUGGAGAGAGAGAAGCACAUUGAGAUGCUGUUCAGAGCUUUCAGCAGGAGGUGGAGACCCUCCACAGACCCGCAGGAGCUUACCGCCCCACAUGACCAUAGACACAGCCACAUCUCUUCCCACCAGUCCAGUGAUGGUGGAGGGAUCCGGACAGUGGGAAUGGAGAUGAACAGCGUGGGUAAAGAAGAGCAGUGGAUCACUGCAGGAUUACCAGCAGGUCUAGCUGUUCUGAGAACAGUCCGCCAGCUGCACAUCACUGCCAUACCUGAGCUCCAAGGUCCCCGGUGCAUAGACCGCAGGACAUACAGCAUCACCACGGAAACCAGAGAACAACUGUUUGUGGCUGUGGAAGAGAGCUCAUGUGUGUGUGUGCAGUGCUGUGGGCCUGCUCGCUCCUGCUCUCUCCAGGGUUUCGACCAAGACCACCAGCACAUCUUCCAGUUUGAAAGGCCCCUGAGGGCAGACUCAUGCUGUCUGGGCUGUUGUCUGAUGGAAAUGAGAGCAUACACGGCUCAGAGGGAGCUCAUCGGCACCGUCCACCAGAGGUGGAGUAUGUUCACACCAUACUUUGAAGUGUGCGACUCUGCAGGGUCCUCCACAGUAAGGAUACAAGGCUCCUGCUGUUCAGUACGCUGCCUCGCCGACCAGGAGUUUGAGGUUGUCUCCAUGAUUGGUGAGCGCAUUGGAACUGUAUGGAAAAAGUGGCCAGGGUACAGUGAGGACUGUAACAUGGAUCAUGAGCAUUUCGGCUUGGAUGUGCCUCAGAAUCUGUGUGUGACUACCAAAGUGCUGUUACUUGCUGCUACAUUUCUCCUGAAUCAUAUGUUUUUCGAAAUGAGCUGAACUAAAGAUAACAGGAGCCAUUAAAGAAGAAACCCAAACUAUGGAUUGUGAAAAUCUGCGGACAGGUCUCACCGUUACUGAGCAACCACACAUUUUUGCCUUAAAAUAGCUUUGACUUGAGAAACCUUGUAAAUACAUAGCCAGAGCGCUCAACUAAUGCAAAAUUUAGUAGUCCCACAAACCCUAAGCACACAUUUCCAAGUCAAUGUUUGCCCUCUAAAAAUACAGUGCAGUCUGUCCGUGUUUCUCUAGUGACAUGUUUUCUGCUGGUAGGCCUCUGUAAUUGAGCAGUACUUUAGCUAGAUUUGAAAUGAAACAAGGGCUAUCAAGUUAAUCACCUGUCAAACAAAAGAUCUAGAUUCAACUGUGUAACUGUCAUGAGGAAUCUGAGGUCUUUUGGAGAUACAGAGAUUUGUUAUACAGUGUCAUUUUGAAUAAUAAGAAAACAGAGACGAUGAUGUUUGACCCAAAAGCAAAAGAUGACCACUCUCCCAUGGUGGUUGAUAACCAGAAUAUGGCACAAGCAGAGUCUUAUAAGAAUACAGAUGUAAAUCUACAAUUAGAGACUGUGCAGUCCAUCUGUUUUUCUGUAUACUUUGUUAGCCCCCUUCUCACUGUUCUUCAAUUCAGGACCACUGGCGCAGGUAUUAUUUGGGCGGUGGAUCAUUCUCAGCACUGCAGUAACACUGACGUGAUGGUGGAAUGUUAAUGUGUGUUGUGCUGGUACGAGUGGAUCAGACACAGCAGUGCUGUUCUAAGAAAAGCACCUCACUCCACAGUCCAGUUAGCAGCAGCUGCAUAUUCAACAUUUAUUGCUAUCAUUAGUCAAUCGUAAUCAAAAUAUUACCUCAAACACCAGUACUUUCAGCACCAUCACUGAAUUCCAGGCAGUAUGUAAGA